CAAGAAGGGUAUUUCCAGGGUCUUGCACAUUGGCGUUGUCCGCCACAUAGGUGUGCUCUUUUCCAAGUUUACAGUUUCUAGUUAACAGCAACCAAUCUCUAUGACAAGUCUGCGCGUUUUUCCCUUAUCUUUUUAACAGAUGGAUUUCGUUCUUUAUCCGAAGAUGUUGCAUAUGGGUUCCAGGCAUUAUCGCAUCAAUCCCACACGACACGAAUUGUCCCAAAAUUUACUUAUUCCCGUUAGUCAACUCGAUGAAAAUGAUUUAACGGAACACCCAUGGGCAGAUACUGAGGAUACCCUGUCCAACGAAUUCACUGAAACUAUCGAACCUGAUAAUGAAGGCUUUCGGGUGAAGCUUCGCAUACCAACAUUGUUCCACGGAUUCAUUAUCGGGCACAGACGAGAAAAACUGAAGCAACUGGAGCAGGAAUUCUCGUGUCGGGUUAUAUUCCCCCCUCUUGGAAGCACCUCUUCAGACAUUACUGUAAGAGCCGCUUCCAGAGCCAGCGUGGCUGGUGCAUGUAGGCGCCUACUUUGGAUUCAGACAAAUGCACGAAUGCGUGCAAAUCCAACACAUUUCAUCUGCUUGCCCGCCAACUCUCCUGAACUUCAACGAAAUUUCUUAUCAUUUCGUCAGACAGCUCUCGAUUUCGCUGCGAGGGAUACAUGUGGGGAUUUCAUGGGUUUAUCUAUAGAUGUUUUCAAAUCACCUGCUUCGCUCCACUUUACGAUCAUCCCUCUCUUGUUAGCAGACAGCUCAGAAGUACAGCUUGCAUGUGAUCUGAUGCACAGUUUUAGCCAGUCAGAUAUAGGAAGGACUGUGUUCUCCGAUGGUCCCUUCCGUCUCACAAUUCAGGGUUUGGAGUAUAUGAGCGAUGAUCCCGAGAAAGUCAAAGUCUUGUAUGCCAAGAUUGCUCCGUCAGCGGACAGAGACCGCUUGCAACGUAUGUCAAAUGGCCUUACCAAAUUAUUUCAGGAGCACAAUUUACUGGGAGGAAAACUCCACCGUCCAGAUGGGGACGUUCUACUCCACUUGACACUUCUUUAUGCUUCCGACUCCUCUGCUUCCCAAAGCUCAUCUUCACCAUUCAACGUCACUGGACUACUUCGCGAAUUGGGGAAUUUUACUUUUGCUGAGGAUCAUUGUUUCGAUACUCUCCACUUAUGUUUAAUGGGUAGUCAAACUGGGGAUGAGUUCUACUCCUCGUGCUGCCAGCUAAAUUUCAGUGACCCAUCUAAUCCUAUACUUACCUUGUCAUAAAAGUGUUGCGGUCCUCUAUUCCUUUUUUGAAUUCCUAUUAAUAUUACUGCAACUGCCAUGGUCGCACUUGCAAUACCAGCGUAUAUACCGAAGUACUAUCUCUUUUGUGGAGCUCCUUUUUUCUCAUCGAUCCAUUUUUGAAAUGCAAGCUUGAGUUCUGUUACCGUGAUUUUCACACCUAUCGUCUUUCCGAACCGCAUUCAUCUUCUGGUAAACCACAAGCGGUCAAAAGGCCGACUGUUUCCUCAUCUUUCAUUUUCAACAACAACCGAGAUUGGCGUUGCAUAUUACUUCCAGACACGCGUAAUGUAAAAAGGCUGCCAACAGCAUACGGUUUUGAAAUAUUAUUCGACGUGCAAUACAGAGUAAUCG